AUGAAGAAAACCGUCACCGGGUUUGCCCAUUUCUUUAGGGACGAUGGUGGUGUGCUAAGCGCAAGGAACGGGCACUUGCUUGGUUUCAACACGCUUGCCAACUCCUCGAUGCACCCGCUUCUGCCUGCCGCGCUCCCUUCUGUGUGCUUGCACUCCCUUCCGCGUGCCUGCACUCCCUUUCGUGUGCCUGCACUCCCUUUCGCCCGUCGCACUCCCUUACGCCCAUCGCCCUCCCUCCCGCCGUCGCCCUCCCUUAUGCCCAUCACCCUCCCUAGCACUCAUCGCAUCCCCUUCCGCCAUCGCCCUCCCUUCCGCCCGUCGCACUCCCUUGUGCUCGUCGCAUCCCCUUCCGCCCAUCUCACUCACUUCCGCCCGUCCCACUCCCUCAGCCCGUCGCAUUGCCUUUCGCCCGUCGCCCUCCCUUCCGCCCGUCGCCCUCCCUUUCGCCUGUCGCCCCCCUUUCCGCCCGUCACCCUCCCUUUGUCUCGUCGCCCUUGCUUCCUCCCAUUGCCCUCUCGACCGCCCGCCACCCUACCUUCCCCUCGUCACGCUCCCUUCCGCCCCUUGCCCCCCUUUGUCUCGCCGCGCUCCCUGCUGCUCGUCGCCCUCCCUCCCGCUCAUCCCCUCUCAAUCCCCGUAUCUCUCUCCCCUCGUCGCCCUGGCAUUCUCGACACUGUCACCAUCCCUCCCUUCUCCCUUUCCAACUCGCACACUUGUCACGCCCCCUUUCCAACCCGCACACACCCUUCCCUUCCCCUUCUCUGCUUCUCCCUAUCCCCUUCCCUGCUUCCCCCCAUCCCCUUCCCUGCUUCCUCCCAUCCCCUUCCCUGCUUCCCCACAUCCCCUUCCCUGCUUCCCCCCAUCCCCUUCCCUACUUCCCCCCAUCCCCUUUCCUGCUUCCCCCCAUCCCCUUCCUUGCUUCCCCCCAUCCCCUUCCUUGCUUCCCCCCAACCCCUUCCCUGCUUCCCCCCAUCCCCUUCCCUGAUUUCCCCCACCCCCUUCUCUACUUCCCCCCAUCCCCUUCUCUGCUUCCCCCCAUCCCCUUCCCUGCUUCCCCCCAUCCCCUUCCUUGCUUCCCCCCAACCCCUUUCCUGCUUCCCCCCAUCCCCUUCCCUGAUUUUCCCCACCCCCUUCUCUGCUUCCCCCCAUCCCCUUCUCUGCUUCCCCCCAUCCCCUUCCCUGAUUUCCCCCAUCCCCUUCUCUGCUUCCUCUCAACUUCUUCCCGACUUCCCCUCAUCCCCUUCCCUGCUUCCUCUCAUCCCCUUCCCUGCUUCCCCCCAUCCCCUUCCCUGCUUCUCCCCAUCCCCUUGUUUGCUUCCCCCCAUCCCCUUCCACGCUUCCCCCCAUCUCCUUCCACGCUUCUCUGCUACCCCUGCCCUGCUUCCCGACUCGCCACGAGCUGCGCUUUUCAUCGUGCGUGACUCUCGCGUGCGACUACCGUCACCUGAGACCCCGUCGUGUGAGUGGCAGCGGCAGCGGCGCGCUUUGAGACGCAUCCUAAACAGUGGCAACUUGACCGUCAUGGCUUCCUCUCCUGUCGCGCUGCUUCCGCUCCUCGUCCUCGCCGUCAUCUGCGCGGUCGCCACGGCCACCGAGGCUGUAAAGAGCGAGACCACUGCAGGAAGCGGGAACCAGAGCAUGCAGGCGGGCGUGGGCGUGGGCGUGGGGGUGGGGGUUCGAAGCACCACAGGCGGGGCGGUGGAGGCGAGAGUCCACGUGGCAACAGUGAUCGCGGUGCCGGGUGUGAGCGUCCCCGUCAGCUUCGACGCCCUCCGCUGCUUCAGCCUUCCCCGGGCGGCGCGCAAGGCGGCGGGUGACGUGCAGGUGUGGUGGCACGGGCUCACGGGCGGCGGCAAGGGCGGCAGCAGGGGUGGCAGCAAGGGAGGGGGUGCGGCAUGCAAGCAACUCAAGUUUUUUGCCAACCCGGCCUGCAAGGGCAAGGCGCUGGAUGAGGUGCUGCAGCCGCAGUUUGCUGCUCUGAGGAGAUUCUUCCACGUGCCCAGCGCAAAGAAGAUUCCCCGAUGGACUUCCGUCUCCUGCAAGUGUGGUGCGUGCCUUGCUGCCUUGCCGCCUUGCCGCCUUGCCUCCUUGCCGCCUUGCCGCCUUGCCUCCUUGCCGCCUUGCCGCCUUGCCUCCUUGAUGCCUUGCCUCCUUGCCUCCUUGCCGCCUUGCCUCCUUGCCUCCUUGCCUCCUUGCCUCCUGCCUCGUUGCUUCGUUGCCUCCUUUCCUCCUCGCCUCCCUGCACACAUCUCUGCCGCGCUGCACACAUUUCUCCCUACGU